AUGACGUCUCCGGGAGCCGAGCUUGCCGGGAAGGCGGAUUUUCCUCCUUCCUCUUCCAGACUGGAAAAGCUGGUCGCCGCCUUGCUGUGGGCAAUCCCAGCUCGGGGCGGUCCGAAGCGGCAGGUGGCCCUCCGGCUAACGGGGCGCCUCCCGUGGGCUCAGUUCCAGCUGACGGUGCCCGUCUCGGUGGUGUUUGCCGAAGGGGUCCUCCCGAAGGAGCAGGCGCAGGCGCAGGCGCAGGAGACGGAGAUUCCCUUGAAUGCCAAAACAAGUGUGGUUUCUCGCUAUGAUGUUUCCUUUCGCCAUGCCACUUCGCAGGAGCAGGCGUUCCUGUCGCAGACCUCAGUCCAAGAGGCAGACAAGGGGCUGCGGCCAGUGGAGGGCCUGCCGGUGGGCUCCCUCGCCAUCUACGUGAUUCCCCCAAGCUCCCUUCUCCUGCCACAGGAGAUGGGGAUGUACAUUGGGAGGCACCGCAGCGCCUUCCUCAGGGCCCCACGGGGGGCCGAAGACGUGCUGGGAGCACUGAACGCUCGGAUGCAGCAGCUGAUCCAGGCCAUGUCCUUCACCACAGAGACCCUUGUGGAGGCCCUGGCCGACCGUGUCCCGCUGGGCCAGCCGGGGGCCGAGUGGAAGCGCCCCUUCAAGUCCAGUUUGGGAUACGAGAUCACGUUCAGUUUGCUGAAUCCUGACCCCAAAGCCCACGACGUGCACUGGGACAUUGAGGGGGCCCUCGAGCGUUACGUGAAGCCUCUGCUGGAGAAGCUGAGCCCAGUAGCCGAAUUCUCGGUGGACUCGCAAAUCCUCUACUACGCAGCGCUGGGAGUCACACCCCGUUUUGACGCCGGUUCCUCCAGCUACACCCUGAGUGUGCAGAGUCUCCCGCAUGUCAUUAACCCUGUGGAGGCCAGGCUGGGUUCCAGCGCUUCUUCGCUGUAUCCCGUCCUCAACUUCCUGCUGUAUGUUCCCGAGCGCCUGCAUUCGCCCCUCUACAUUCGCGGGAAGGACGGGGCUGCAGUGCCAACCAACGCUUUCCACAGUCCGCGCUGGGGCGGGAUCAUGGUCUACAACGUGGAGCCAGAAGCCGCCAACGAGACCUCUCUCCCGAGGAGGGUGGACAUUGACAUGGUGCGCGUGAUGAAGGUGUUUCUGGCCCAGCUACGAUUACUGUUUGGCAUCUCUUCUGGCCCAGCGCCAGAAGGGGCUCUGAUGGAGAGCCCCGGGAACGAGGGCCUGGCGGACUGGGAGCUGGACGGCUUGCUGUGGGCCCGCACGGUGGAGAACGUGGCCACCGUCUCCACCACCCUGACGUCGCUGGCCCAGCUGCUGGACAAGAUCGGCAACAUCGUCAUCAAGGACGACGUGGCCUUGGAGGUCUGCCGUGCGGUGGAGUCGGCCCAGCAGGCGAUGGCGGAGCUCAGCCAGGGCCACCUGGGCCCAGCUUUCCAGGCCAGCAAGGCGGCGGCCACCUCCUCGGAGCGGGCCUUCUUCGACCCCUCCCUCCUCCACCUCCUCUACUUCCCGGACGACCAGAAGUUCGCCAUCUACAUCCCACUGUUCCUGCCCAUGGCCGUCCCCAUCCUGCUCUCGCUGGCGAAGAUGCUCUGGGAGAAGAAGCAGCGCCAGAAGGAGCCCACGAAAAUGGACUAAGGUGCCUCUGGAUGCCCAGAGGCGUGGCGGGCACUAGGCUGGGCAUAUGCCCAGAGAGAAAUGAUGGCAGGUCCCGGCCAGCACGAUGGACCCCCAGCGGGGGGGCGGGGAGCUGAUGUUUCCGCUGGGCUCCUUCUUUGGAGCAGCUUUAAAAUGGAGAGCGUCCCUUUCGCUGCGGACGAGGCCAGAGGACAGACCGGCCUUCAGAAGCGUCCCUUGUCCCUGGCUGCCCUGCCGGGCACUCCUGCAAGUGCUCAGCUGCAGGAAGCGGGGCUCCCUCUCUCGAAAACUGCCCAGCUGAAGCACUAGAGAACUUUGCGGCCCAUCGGAGGGCAUAAGCCUUCUCCCCCCACACAGAGGCGGAAUGGGGAGCCCCCUCUUCGCCUCCUGACCAAGCGUAGGAUUGAUCUUCAAUUAAAGUUGGGUUGGCUUGA